AUGAUAACUACAUUAAUAUUGAUGUCUAGCUGUGUAUUGUUUAUAAAAUAUACCUAUACCUAAACGUUAAGUUGUCAAGAAAAAUGUCAAGAAGCAAAAGAAUAGUUGCAUUAGCUUUGCCUAAAAGAGCAAGCGAAGACGAUGCAACAUAUAAAAGAAUGAAGUUGUGUACAAAAGGCAGAGAUAUUGUUCCUAAAAAUAACACAAAUAAUUAUGAUCUAAAAGAAAUUAAUACUGAUGUAUUUACAAGUGAUGAUUUACCUUUACAAGGACCUUAUCAAAAUAUUAUGUUAUGCUCUGAUGAAAAUAAAAAUAAUAAUGUAAAUCAAGCAUUCAAAGGUAAUCAUUAUAACCUACGUACCAUGUUACCAAAGAAAUCAGUUCCUUUUACAUCUCCUAAUAAUGUAAAUCAUCACCAAGAAGUCAAUUUAAAUAGUAAUUCAUCAUCAUCAUUGGAUUAUGUUGAUUCAGAAGAUAGCUAUAAACCAUUUAAUGAAGACAAUUAUUCUAUUAAAAGUCUUGAACCACCUAAUGAUUCAAUAAUUGGUACUUUACUUAGAGACAACCACAGUAAUAAUACUAUGAAAAAUGUAUGUGAAAAUAUUGACAAACAAGAUGUAGUUUGUCGAAGACGUCUUUUAUACAAUGAUUUGCCAGAUAGCACAUGUAGUACAAGUAAUCAGCCAAAGCCAAAUGAAACUGAAGAAGCAAGUAGUAUUCAGCUUAUUCCUAGCUGUAGUAAUGUAAUAUCACAAGAUAAUGUGCUGCUUCUUGAUAACGAAAAUAUUAUUGUACACUGUAAUACUACUAAUAAAAAUAUUGAAGUUAUUACAAAUAAUAAACAGAGGUAUAUAGGAGGUAAACGGAAAUUUAUGAAUAACUGUAAGCAACUUGGAGAAGAGUAUGAAGAUCGAAAGGGUAAAAUUAAAACUAUGAAAGUUUUUAGGCCUCUUACAACAACAUGUUGUAAAAAAAAUUGUUCUACAUUGCUUUGUUCUGAAGAAAUACAACAAUUAAUUUUUAAGGAAUUUUACAAAUUAGGUAACUUAUCAGCACAAGACCAAAUUUUAAUGGAUGCUAUUCAAAUAGAAGAUAAAAAAAGAACAACUACUUUUAAUAGAAAAUCACUACCACAAAUAUUUAUGGAAUAG